AUUGGUUAAUUUGCUGACGCGUGGAGUCUGCCAUUCAAGAUGGCUACUGCCUUGGUUGAGCAUGUUGUCGCAGACGCAGGUGCAUUUUUGAAGAAAGUACCUCUCCAGGAAAUUGGAAAGAAUAUCUACACCCUGAAAGAUGUUGUGGAUGAAAUUCGUGAUAAACCCACCCGGAGGAGCCUGUCGUUCCUACCAUAUCAGUUGAACUUCAAAAACCCUCAACCAGAACACAUUCGAUUCGUCACUGAAUUCUCAAAGAAGACCGGAGAUUACCCCAGUCUGUCUGCCACCGAUAUAAAGGUCUUGGCCCUGACAUACCAGCUGGAAUUGGAAAAUGUGGGGUCGGGCCAUCUAAAAAAGGAGCCUGAUGUCAAGGUUCAAUUAUGCAGCACAAAGCGGCAUCCAGAGGCCCCAGUAAAUGUAGCAGGAUUCCACUUCCCAUCAAAGAGGCCAGUAGAGGGUUUGGAAAGUCACCGACAGACUUCUGUACAGACUUCUCUUUCAUCUGAGGAGUUUAACACUUUCCAGUUCUGGAGGAACCCUCUGCCCUGCAUUGAGGCAGAGCUGUUUGAACUUCUGCAUGUUGAGGACAUCUCUGUAUCAGAUGGAACAGAGGUUGAGGAGGUGCUUGAGGACGGGGGCAUUCACAGGGAUUCUGCAGAGCAUCAAGAGUCAGAAGAACACUCUGUGGACCUGAGUGAUGGUUCAGGAGAGGAGGAGGAGGAGGAAGAAGAAGAAGAAGAGGAUGGUGAUGAUGGUGGUGGUUGGAUCACUCCCAGCAACAUAAAACAGGUCCAGAUGGAGACUGGCCACUGGACUUCUCUGGCGGAUGUUAAAGUGGGAUGCCUGACGACAGAUUUUGCCAUGCAGAAUGUUCUAAUUCAAAUUGGACUGCAUGUCCUCUCAAUUAAUGGAAUGCUGAUUAAGCAAGCAAGAAACUACAUCCUGCGAUGCCAUGCUUGUUUCAAGACCACAACAAACAUGAACAAGGCUUUCUGUCCCCAUUGUGGUAACAAGACGCUAAAGAAGAUAGCCGUGACCAUCAAUGAGGACGGCAGCAUGCAGAUGCAUUUCUCCAAGAACCCCAAAGUGCUAAAUCCUAAAGGAAUGAAGUACACACUACCCCUGCCAAAGGGAGGUAAACAUGCCUGCAACCCCCACCUGGUGGAGGACCAGCGUUUCCCCCAGCAGAGACUGUCCCGCAAGGCCCGCCAGAAGACGGAUGUCUUCAACCCUGACUACGUGGCGGGAGGCUCCCCGUUUACCGAGAACGACAUCUACAGCCGCUCUGCCAACCUGAACAUACGAGAUAGCCAGUGUGGAGGGGGUAGGAGAAGGGCCAACCCCAACUCUGCACAGAAGAAGUUUGUCAAGAAGAAGUAAUGGGCUCCACUAGCACAUGACACCAUGAGCCACUAAUCUGUCAAUUGACCCUGUGAAAUCAUGCUGCAGUCUAAUCUCUACAUGCAGACUCUAGCAAAGCAAAAAUCCAGCAACAGAAUAGCUGCAACUGAAUAUAAUACAAUGUUAAUAACCUGGCUAUAUUUCUAAGGUUAACUUCAUGCCAUGCUCUGUUGAAAUAUUACAGAAUAACUUUCAUAUUUUCUAAAUCCAGUUGUGUAUGGGCUUGUGCAUGUAACCUGCAGACACAUUUUGGCCCAAAAUAAAUCUGUAGACAACC